GGUCGUCAUUUCCUUGGAGCCUUCGGGAACGAAACUCAUGAUCUGUGGUCCUGCUGCAGAACUUGUGACAAGGCACAAAGGUUUGAAGUCCAUGCUCUCGCAAAAUCGAGUGAUCACAACAUUUCCCAUUAACCAUCAAAACUCUGAAGGAUUCUGUGACUACCUCAUCCCUGAUAUAAAUCCCAUAGGUAUUGUUAGAAAAUAAGUGGUUCAUGUCAUCAUGUCUCAUUUUACAUUCGUGCAACUGCUGACCACCACUUGCUUUAAACUGCUGAUGUUACUGCCCGCUGCAACUCGGUUUCUGCCGAUAGUAGACAGACUGGUGCACAUUUGAGAUAUAAGUUUAUUCUGGAUUAAUUGCAGGUUUGCUACUUUCAUGAGUCAAUAUUUUAACAUCUCAGUCUCACACUCUAUGAUGGAUAUAAAAUCUUCUUGUAAUUACUGUUAUUCAAAUUCUAAUCGUGUGAAUUUAAAAAUAGAGUGUUCAUGAAUUAAUGUUUAACUAUAAAAUGCCAUACAAGUAAUCAUAAUCAUAAUCACUUAUUUGAUGUUGAGCCAUUAAUAGAUAAAAGUCAUCAAUAAUCUGGUGACAAAAUGUUUGACGAAAUAUGAAAUGCAAGGUGGCUAUAGUGUCGUAUUUUUUGUAAAUGCUCAUAAAUAUUUGCAGUUAUGAAAGCAAAAUUUAAUAACUAGCUUUUUGUGUGUAAAAAAUGAAAAAAAAAACUUGAGGUGGUAGAAGCGACAUCAGCAACUGAGUGAAGAGAUUCUUGAAAAAUUCAUUUUCUAUUUCAAAGAUCCAAAAAUGAUUGAAAAAUGGAGGAAAAAGAAAUUUUAGAAUGGACUGAGUGUGCUUGAUCACACAGAGCGAUGCUGGCAGUAUAAUGUGCUGUCUAGUGUCCCAGCGGUGAGUAACCCCUGCAAGCAGAGACCGAACUGAUGUGUCGGCGACGUGUCCUGCUGCAGGAUGCCCGGACUCGCCCCAGUGCGGGAUCCUCAUGAGUGCCAUGGACCACUUCCACGACGUAUCCUGCCUGCGCUUCAAGGAGUGGACGGGCGAGCAGGACUACGUACGGGUGUUCUUCAACCAGGACAGCGGCUCUUGCUGGUCGGCGGUGGGUCGAGCGGGAGGCGGCAUCCAGAGUUUGUCCCUGGGGCUGCGGUGCUGGUACCUGGGCAUCACCCUGCACGAGUUGGGACAUGCUGCCGGACUGCUGCACGAGAUGGGGCGGCCAGAUCGUGACACCUGGGCUCACAUCUAUUGGGAAAACAUUACCCCGGGUUUGGAAUCAGCUUUUGCGAUUCGCAGCGACAGAAGAGUCAACUUGUUGGGUGACCAGUUUGACUACAAAUCUAUAAUGAUGUACGGCGAGUAUGCGUUCUCCAAGGACGGCGUGUCGCCCACCGUGCGGGCCAAGGCGAGCGGGGUGGUCGUCGGGCCCAUCUGGAGCAAGAAGCAGCUAAGCCCCGCGGACGUCCGGCGCCUCCGAGGGAUGUACCGCUGCGACGGCAACAGAGCGAGGCCGGGCUUCCCGUACGACGUCAUGUGCAGCUUCAACAAGCACCUGUGUGGCUUGGAGAGCAGCAGUGGCGCCGCGUGGGACUGGAGGAACGCCAACUCUACCGGAGGUUACCUGCUCUUCUCGCACAAGAAGGCUGGGUCCAGACCUGGGUUCCUGGUGUCCACCAACAUGCACCCCGUCGGAAAGCCCAGCCCGAAAGGCCACCUGGGCUGUGUCCGCUUCUGGUACCUGUUGCAGAGCGAUGGACGUGCGUUUCUGAAGCUGACUCAGGCAUACCUGAGGAAAGUGACCCAGCUCCGAUACGACCCGAACACAUCCUACCUGCUCUGGGAGAGCACCUCAACGACCGAAGAGUGGACUCACGUCCAGCUGCCCCUCCACGUCACCAAGCCUUUCAAGCUCAUUUUCACGGCCAAGUUCGAUGGCGCCAAUGAUCAUGGCACGAUCGCCCUGGACGACAUGGAGCUCCUGUAUGGGCCUUGUCGCUUCUCCGCCGCCCCUGGCGGUGGUAGGAGGCCCAACCCAGCAGCCUUCGGGACAUCACCCCCGUCUGUUGCCGCACGGGUAGCGGGCAACUCUCUCUGAGAGGCGAGCUCCUCUUCAUCAGCUGCUGCCAUCACGCAGAGAGGUCCGAAGGGUGUCUUUGAUCGGGAGAAAGGAGACUGGUGAACAAGGCAGUGGUUCUACAAUGCCCUAUCCAGUCAUAUCUCAGCCAGAGCAUGCUUCUCAGAGAGUAGUGAGCAGUAUAAAUACUGGCACUGCAUGAUUGGUCGAGAGCCCGAAUCGUACCUCUAAUAACAACAAGAGUGGUUCUGUCAAUUAUAUCUCAGCCGUAGCAUUGCUUUCAUAGAGGAGUUAGCAAUAACACAGUUCUCAAUUGCAAUCAAGCCUCAGGCCACAAGAGACUAAUGGAGAAUAGUAUGGGUAAUAGCAUAAGUGAUGGUUGUGGUAGAAUGAAUGACAGGUAAGAAAUGGGCCACAAGAAUAGAAUCUCCCAAAUGUUACCUAUCAGAUAUUCAUCAGUUUUCAGCCAAAGACGCGUGGUAGAAGUAAGUGCUGAUGUACUGGUUUCCUCAUUCCAAGAGCUCUUUAGGAUGUUAGGAUGUUUUAUGUUGUCAGGAUAUUAUAGUGAUGAUGAUUACUUUAUCUAUAAGAAGAUUGACCAAAAUUUUGUAUUUUUAUCGUAUAAUAAACAAAUCUUUAUUGUAAUUAAAAAAA